CAGUGAUUCAGUGAAGAACAAAUACCAAAACACAAUGCUCUAAUUCUCCUCCCAUAGAAUCAAUCAUCCUCUAUCCUUAACUUCUUACUCCCUCUAAAAUCCCAAAACAAAAAUCAAAAUGUUCUCCAUAACAGCAAUUCAAUCUUCUAUAAGUCCUGCUCUAACAUUUUCACCAAUUCCUUAUCAAACACCCUUAUCCAAGCCGAUCAAAACAAGCAUUUUCGUUAAUCCAAAACCAAAUCUCCUCCACUCAUCAAGAAUUAUCAACCCAGAAUCAAGAAACCCAAGAUUACCAACUUUUGCAUCCGCCGAAGCUCUCACCGUAGAAGAAGAAGCUCCAGAAAUUGAAGAACCCAUUUCAGAGCAAAUUGAGGUGGCUGUGAAGCAAGUGGAGAAGCCAAGAUUGGUAUUGAAGUUUAUAUGGAUGGAGAAGAACAUUGGAUUGGCACUUGAUCAGGUAAUUCCUGGACAUGGUACAAUUCCUUUGAGUCCCUACUUUUUUUGGCCGAGAAAAGAUGCUUGGGAAGAGCUUAAGACUACUUUAGAGAGUAAGCCAUGGAUUUCUCAGAAGAAAAUGAUUAUAUUGCUUAAUCAGGCUACUGAUAUUAUCAAUUUGUGGCAGCAAAGUGGUGGCAAUCUUACCUCUUGAGUUGGUAAAUUUUGUUACAAUUGCAUCCUGUUGUAUCAUUGAUUAAUUAUGUUCAUGGAUGCUGUAUUUGUGUUUGCAUUGCUAAUUUUUGUAAUUCUAUCAUGUUUUGGCAUUUCGCAUUAAUUUGAAUUUAGAGUUGUCAUUCUACCAGUUUAUAGUUCCGAGCUAUGUUCUGAAACUGUAAAAUUCUAUAUUUAUAAUGUAAUCUUGUAAAAAAUGUUAUUUCAUUUGUUUCGGCAUUUUUCGUUUCAA